AUGAAGAAGAAGAGAAAAUAGGAGGGAGGAGGGCUUCGGGGCAAGAUGAGGAGGAAGGAGAGAGAAGGGCAAGACCAGGGAGGAGCCAGCCAUGCCUAUUCUAACGAAGGCCAGUAAGGGGCGGCCAUGCCAGCUGAGAAAUAGACAACAAGGAAAAUGAGGUUGACCAGCAGGCCAAAGCUCCCAUGAGCAGGGACCUCCGUGCAAAGUUAACGAAGUUGAAUGAUGUCCUGCCAAUAUGUCCUUCAAAUAAGAGAGAGAAGGCUUUUUUCUAGCAGCUAAGGAGGGAGCCCAGCAGCCUGCUGAGUCCUGGAGCUGAGUGAGCUGGGCAUUUUCUCUGGAUCACAGAGGGGCCGAGCAAACACAUCCUUCGGGGCGUCGCCACUCCCUAAGACUCAAACCAUGAAUUACGUUGGGCAGUUGGCGGGCCAGGUGUUCGUCACCGUGAAGGAACUCUACAAGGGCUUGAAUCCUGCCACCCUGUCUGGAUGUAUUGAUAUCAUCGUCGUCCGCCAACCCAACGGGAACCUUCAGUGUUCCCCUUUCCACGUGCGCUUUGGGAAGAUGGGGGUCCUGCGCUCCCGAGAGAAAGUGGUUGACAUAGAAAUCAACGGGGAAUCUGUGGAUUUGCACAUGAAGUUGGGAGACAAUGGAGAAGCGUUUUUUGUUCAAGAGACUGAGAGUGAUCAGGAAGUGAUCCCCAUGUACCUGGCCACCUCCCCUAUCCUGUCGGACGGAGCCGCCCACAUGGAGUGCCAGCUGAAAAGGAGCUCGGUAGAUCGGCUCCGAACCCUGGACCCCAGCACGUCAGCCCAGGCCUCACCUCCCAGUGAGGCCCCUUCGAGCAGCUCUUUAGUGAAGAAGAGAAGAAAAAGGAGGAGAAAGUCCCAGCUGGACACCCUGAAAAGAGACGACAACAUGAACACAUCUGAGGACGAAGACAUGUUUCCCAUAGAGAUGAGCUCUGACGAGGAGGCCGACCCGCCAGACGGCAGUAGAACUCUUCCUAAUGAUCUAUCUGCAUUCCAAGAAGAGGUUUCGAAGGAGAACCCUUCCCCCAUCAUGACUUACCCUCAGUCAUCAUCGUACCCUAAUUCCGAUAGAGAGUGGUCACCCAGCGCAAGCAGCCUGAUAGAUUGCCAAGGGACUGCCCCCCGCCUGGCAGUUGUGGCCGAGGGAGGCCUUUCUAGCUCUUGUCCUUCACGGCCUUCCCACUUCUAUGCUUCGGAAAGUCCUUCAGGCUCCCGACCUUCAACCCCUAAAAGCGAUUCGGAAUUGGUCAGUAAGGCCGUGGAUAGGACGGUGCAGAAGAAUAACCUAGAAAUGCUCUGGCUCUGGGGAGAAUUGCCCCAGGCUGCAAAGUCUCCACACAAGAUGAAAGACCGCAGUCCAUUAAACGGUAGGAAAGUCUGUGAUGAGACGCACUUUCGGACCGCUCAGAGCGAAUCUUCAGAUGCGUUCAGUGACCAGUCGCCGACGCUGGCCAGGCCUCCCGUGCCGCCCAGUUUAGAGGCGAGCAAGCCUCCAACGGACGUACAGUGUGUGAACGAAGAAGAUGUCGAGGCCUUAGGAGCCGCGGCCCCGCCUUUACCCGCGAUUGAAGACCCCAAGCCCCUGUCUGCCAGUGUGGCCCCGAUGGCAAGCAAGACAGACUCUCCUUCCAGGAAAAAAGACAAACGAAGCCGACACCUUGGUGCCGACGGCGUCUACUUGGACGACCUCACCGAUAUGGAUCCGGAAGUGGCUGCGCUGUAUUUUCCCAAAAAUGGAGAGCCUUCCGGGCUGGCCAGACACACCAGCGACAACGGCGCCCGGUCGGCCAACCAGUCCCCGCAGUCCGUGGGCAGCUCUGGCAUCGACAGCGGCGUGGAGAGCACCUCGGACAGCCCGAGGGACCUGCCGUCCAUCGCCAUCUCCCUCUGCGGAGGCCUCAGCGACAACAGGGAGAUAACCAAAGAUGCAUUUCUGGAACAAGCCGUGUCGUAUCAGCAGUUUGUGGACAACCCAGCUCUCAUUGAUGACCCCAAUCUUGUGGUGAAGAUCGGGAAUAAGUAUUAUAACUGGACGACGGCGGCCCCUCUGCUCCUGGCGAUGCAGGCCUUCCAGAAGCCUUUGCCAAAGGCCACUGUGGAAGCUCUCGUGAGGGAUAAGAUGCCCAGAAAGGGCGGAAGGUGGUGGUUUUCAUGGAGGGGAAGAAACACCACGAUCAAAGAGGAAAGUAAGCCAGAGCAGUGCUUGGCUGGCAAGAGCCACAGCCCCGGGGAGCAGCCGUCACAGCUCGGCAUGGCCACCAGGAUAAAGCAUGAGUCAUCCUCCAGUGAUGACGAACACGCAGCUUCCAAGCCCCCAAGUGCGGGCCACCUCCCCCUGUUGUCCAGCGUCAGCUACAAGAAGACCCUCCGGCUCACUUCGGAGCAGCUGAAAAGCUUGAAGUUGAAGAACGGCCCCAACGACGUGGUCUUCAGCGUGACCACACAGUACCAAGGCACGUGCCGCUGCGAGGGCACCAUCUACCUGUGGGACUGGGACGACAAAGUCAUCAUUUCGGACAUCGACGGGACCAUCACCAGGUCAGAUACUCUUGGCCACAUUCUGCCCACCCUCGGGAAGGAUUGGACCCACCAGGGCAUUGCUAAGCUGUACCACAAAGUGAGCCAAAACGGAUAUAAGUUUCUCUACUGUUCUGCACGUGCCAUCGGGAUGGCGGACAUGACGAGGGGCUAUUUGCACUGGGUCAACGAGAGGGGCACGGUGCUGCCUCAGGGGCCCCUGCUGCUGAGCCCAAGCAGUCUCUUCUCGGCCUUGCACAGAGAAGUGAUUGAAAAGAAGCCCGAGAAGUUUAAAGUCCAGUGUUUGACAGACAUCAAAAAUCUGUUUUUUCCAAACACGGAACCCUUUUACGCCGCUUUUGGAAACCGACCGGCCGAUGUGUAUUCGUAUAAGCAAGUAGGAGUGUCUUUGAACAGAAUAUUUACUGUCAACCCCAAAGGAGAACUUGUACAGGAGCACGCAAAGACCAACACCUCCUCGUACGUGCGACUCUGCGAAGUGGUUGACCACGUCUUCCCGUUGCUGAAAAGAAGCCAUUCUUCGGACUUCCCCUGCUCGGAUACUUUCAGUAAUUUCACCUUUUGGAGAGAGCCACCGCCACCUUUUGAAAACCAGGAUGUUCAUUCUUCCUCCGCAUAAAACGUCCCAAGCAGCCUCCUGACGUCAUGUGAAGACCCGGCGCCCCCGAUUAAAGGAUAGGUUUUGGGAGCCGUGGAGCAGGAGCCCAGGAG